AUGCGUUUCUACAUGGAUUUCUUGAAGAGGAGGUGUUUAUGCGGCAACCUCCUGGUUUUGAGGAUCCUCAGCGGCCUCACCACUUGUGCAGAUUGGAAAAGGCGCUAUAUGGCCUUAAACAGGCUCCUCGAGCCUGGCAUGCUCGUCUGGGUGCUGUUCUUCGUCAGCAUGGCAUUUGCUGUCAAGGACCUUGGGGCUCUCCAUUACUUCCUUGGGCUUGAGGUGUCUCGGUCCUCCGCUGGCCUUCGUAUUACUCAACACAAGUAUGCCAUGGACUUGCUUAAGCGAGCUGGCCUUCUCAAGUGCAAGCCCGUGACUACUCCUAUGUCUGCCACCACCAAGCUUUUUCAAUUGGACAGCCCAUUGCUUGGAUCUGAUGAUGCUACAGAUUAUCGAAGUAUUGUUGGCGGGCUUCAAUACCUUACAAUGACCAGGCCAGAUAUAUCUUUCUCGGUCAACCGAGUCUGUCAGUUUUUGCACUCUCCUACUGAAGAACAUCUUGCUGCUGUCAAGAGAAUUCUUCGCUUUGUGAAGCACACUAUUGGUCAUGGUUUGCUUCUACGCCCCUCCACUUCUCCUGCCAUCUCUGCUUUCUCUGAUGCUGAUUGGGCUGGAGAUGUGGAUGAUCGUCAAUCCACGGGGGGCUUUGCUGUGUUCUAUGGAGGUAACUUAGUUGCGUGGAGUGCUCGCAAACAAGCUACAGUCUCUCGCUCCUCUACAGAAGCUGAGUAUAAGGCUGUUGCUAAUGCGACUGCUGAGGUUCAAGAAGUUGUCGUCACAUUCGCCGUCGCUAGAAUCCGUGCGCAGGGACCCCACCAAGCCGUCUACCAGCUUCUGCUCGGCGCUUACUCGAGGACGCUUUGA